AUGGGUCAAUCCAGCUCAACCCCAUCGAAGGCCGACCAAGUCAUCAACCGUUCCGCCCAGGACAGCUCGGCCUUGUCGAGUCUCUCUCCUCAACCCUCACCCUCCAGCUUUAAGGCAGCCGCUCGGAUCGCUGAAACCUCACCACAGCCGCUUCCCACUGGUGAUUCGAAACUGAAUACUCCUAGCAACACGCAGACACCGCGUAGGCAGGAAUGGUCUCUUGAAAAAAUCGAGAGCUCCUUGUACGAUCUGGCGAUAGAGCUCGAUCGAAACCACGCCAAGUUUGUUCACUACAGCCUGAAACUUGCUGCCCGGCAGCCGCCUCCCAACCAGCGCCAUGUGAGCGCCACGGCAGACCUGGCAGACCUCAGGCUGCCUGCCCUGACGAGUGAGACGCAGCAAAAGAACACUAUGAAGGUCCAGCUGAAGCUUCAUAAGGAGGACAAGACGGCUCGCGUCAACUCGGGCAAGAAGAAGGUGGCUUACGAGGUGACCUGCAUCAAAUCUGACCAAGAGCGCGUUCCGAAGUACAGGUUUCAUCAUGUCGAGGUCUCGCGCAACGUCCUCUCGCCCAACACGACCUUGAAGUUCAUUCCCCAUCUUCGGGACAUGAAGGAUAGUGAGGAGGAGCGUUACCGUCGCUGGAUUAAUGAGCUCGAAGCGAUGGACGCUCAGUCUGGCUUCAAUGUCACGUCUUCCAACAGGUCUGAGAAGGCUAGUAAGAUGCUCAAGGAGGAGACGGCCGUCGAACUCUCUUUCUACAUCGACCGCUGGAUCAAGAAGCUCGGCUUGGAAAACUGCAGCAAUGACGAGGUUGCCUCACCGCGAGCUGUCAGGGCUGCCAAGAUGUUCACAGACGCAUUCAACAACCUCUGGAAGCAUACGGGCCUUACACUCAAGGAUGUCCUUGUCCAUGACGAGACUGUCGAGGCUGUGGUCGAGAACAAGAAACUAGUCAAGGACGGCAAGCCUGAGAUGGAGAAGCAAGGAGCCGAACAGCUGUUGGACUCGGUAGAGAGCAACCUGCUGAGCUACACUAUCCUGGGCUGCCUGUUCUGCUACUCGCACUCCUGUGAGCACGGCGAUCAUGACCGGGACAACCACCGGCGGCCGAUUGGAGUCGAGCUGAUUGGAAAGUUUGGAGGCUUGAUGAGGGAAAAUCUUGCCAAGUGUCUUGCGGCAGAACCCCAGGAAAAGGACAUGACGGCCUGUCGCAACGACUGCUGGAUCCGCUAUCAGGAUGGCAAUCCUUACUUUACAAUCACUCCAUGGAGCGAAGACGAAGUACUGUUGCUUCGAGGAUUAUUUAUUGCGUUAGGAGCCACAAACCUCCAUCUGCCCUGCCUCGCCUCGACGUUGUUAGGUCGGUACUGCUGGGAAGCCUAUCGGAAAAUACUUCAGCUUGAGUUGGACGACCGACCUCUCCAGCAACUGGCCAACGUGUAUCCGACUCAACCGAAAAUAGUUAAGUCGUUACCAUGGUACGACCGCUUUCGCAAGGAACUCAAGCAGGACUGGCAGGAUCAACUCAACUCGCACGAGUUUACCCGCAGGGAGAUCAGAGAUCCGUGCAAUCAUGCGGGUCCCUGUGGAAAGGGCUGUCCAUGCGUGGAUGCCAAACUGCUCUGUGACCGAUUUUGUCGCUGCACGGCCGAGAGCUGUGCCUAUAAGUUUACUGGGUGUGCCUGUGUCUCCAACGGCAAGACUUGCCUGCAGCAGAGGGUCGCUGGCCGCCCAUGUAUCUGCGUUCAGCUGAACAGGGAGUGCGAUCCUGUUCUGUGCUCCGGCUGCGGUGCUCUUGAGCGAGCAGACCCCAAGAAUGCUCACGACUCAAACCUGCACGCAAGUGGCUGUCAAAAUGUUGCUCUUCAGCGCGGAAUAUCCAAGAUCGUCCUCCUGGGAGAGUCUCAGAUCGAGGGCUGUGGUUAUGGUCUUUUUACGGCAGAAGACAUUGCUCAGGAUGAGUUCGUCAUUGAGUAUCUUGGAGAGCUGAUCUCUCACGACGAGGGUGUACGUCGAGAGGCACGUCGCGGCGAUGUUUUUGACGAGAGCAGCCACAGCAGCUACCUCUUCACCCUUCUGGACUAUGAAGGUAUCUGGGUGGACGCCGCCAUCUAUGGAAAUCUUAGCCGAUAUAUCAACCAUGCCUCCGAGCUGGACAAGAUUGGCAGGAAGCGAGUGAAUAUUAUUCCUCAGAUUUUCUUCGUGAAUGGUGAUUUCCGGAUCAAGUUCAAGGCCCUCCGAGACAUCAAGGCUGGCGAGGAGCUCUUUUUCAACUACGGAGAGAACUUCCCAAAUCUCACCAAGAAAUUGCUGGAUGCCAAAGAUGGAGAGAGGAGACCGAAACGUGGCGGUAGCAGUGCUAGAGGAGGUCGGGGCGGCCGGGGUCGCGGUGGCCGAGGCAGGGGUAGAGGCGGCGUCAAAUUCAGCGCCGAGACCAAGAAAGCACCUGUUGCGGCGGUUCUUGAUGACGAGGAAGACGUGGCAAUGGAGAACUCGACUUUGGAGGAUCAGGACGAUGAAGACGACGACGACUUCAAUCCCCCGCGACGGGUGAGAGCCAAGCGCCCUGGAGCCGCUGUCGGCAGUCGAGGCAGCCGCAAGCGGAAG